ACUUUCAAUUUCGAUUUCACUCAGGAAAACAUGGAGUCCGUCUAAUGUUUGAUGGCAGACUGGAUUUUAUGAACCAAACAACAGAGCAGAUCUGAAACGGUUCUGUGGCGUAAGAGAAGGUUUCCGACAACAAGGAAACGGUAUAAACCGGGACAGCUCGACUGAACGUGUCGGUUUUCGUCCCUUUUCUUCUCGCGCAGUCAGACACGGUCGGUGCCGUCGUUACCGGAGACUCUGCAGAGCAGCAACAUGUUGGGAGAAACGGGACCGGAGUGGUUGUCUGAGGAGGUGAAAACCGGAACGACCAUUAUCGCCAUAGAGUUUAAUGGAGGGGUCGUGCUGGGCUCUGAUUCCCGAGUGUCUGCGGGAGCAUCAGUGGUGAACAGGGUGAUGAACAAACUGUCUCCUCUCCAUGAUAAGAUCUACUGUGCUCUGUCAGGAUCUGCAGCAGACGCUCAGACCAUUGCUGAGAUGGUCAACUACCAGCUGGAUGUGCACAGUAUUGAGAUAGGUGAGGACCCCCAGGUUCGUUCUGCUGCCACUCUGGUGAGAAACAUCUCGUACAAAUACAAGGAGGAGCUGUCGGCGCAUCUCAUCGUGGCCGGCUGGGACAGAAGAGAUGGAGGACAGGUGUUUGCGACCCUGAAUGGUCUCCUGACCAGGCAGCCUUUUGCAGUUGGUGGCUCUGGCAGCUCGUAUGUUUAUGGGUUUGUUGAUGCUGAGUAUCGCAGAGGCAUGAGCAAAGAGGAGUGCCAGCAGUUUGUUGUCAACACUCUCUCUUUGGCAAUGAACCGUGAUGGCUCCAGUGGCGGUGUAGCUUACAUCGUCACCAUCGACGAACACAGCACAGAGGAGAAAGUCGUUCUGGGAAAUAACCUGCCGACCUUCUUUGAUCAGUGAUCAGUGCCAAGCUACUGAUCUGCAAAAUCCAAUCAUGUGUUUGUUUUCCUCACAACUGAGUCAUUUUUUGACUCAACUCUCAACUAAGUUCUAUAUUAGUAUGCUUUUACAAGUCAUUUUAAUAAAAGGAAAAAAUCCUGCAUCCCUCUCUAACUCUCAGA